AUGGACGGUAUUGGAACCUCUAUUUCUCAUACCAAGGCAUUGAAAUAUUUCAAGAAAGCUGCCAAACAAGAUAACAUUGGUGCCCAACAUAAUUAUGGGAAACUGUUAGAAAGAAAUGGUAAGCCUUAUAAAGCUUUCAAAUGGUUUGUAAGAGCUGCUGAAAAGGGUAACUGUAGGUACUCACAACAUCGUCUCGGUGAAUUAUAUCUGGAUGGUAUUGGAGUUGAGAAUGAUGAUUCUACAGCUUUCGAAUGGUUUCAACGAGCUGCAAAUCAAGAAUAUUCAGAGGCACAGCUUGCUCUUGCUAGAAUGUAUUUUUAUGGUCAAGGAGUAAGUCGUUCUCUGAAGAAAUCCUUUGAAUGGGCCUUAAAGGCAGCAACAAGUAAUGAAAAUGGAAGAGCCCAAUAUGAAACUGGCCUAAACUAUUUGAAAGGUUGCGGAGUUGAACCAUCAACAGAAGAAGCAUUAAAAUUCUUAAGAAAAGCAGCUGAUAACGAAGAUGCAGAUGCUCAAUUACUUCUUUCAGGGAGGUUUCAUGAUGGAGGCUUUUAUGAGCAAGCUUUUAAAUGGUAUAAUAUGUCUGCUGAAAAGGGAAACAUACUAUCACAAUAUAACAUAGGAGUUAUGUAUAAGAAAGGUAUUGGUGUGGCUCAAUCCUAUUCGAAAUCUGCUGAAUGGUAUGAAAAAGGAUUUUACAAAUUAUUACUUGAAACAGAUUAUUUAUCAGGAAAGGAUUUGGAUUUUUAA